UCACGUGAUGAACAAAGGCUGAAAGUGAAAGCAAGCGACGGUCUGCGCCGAGUCCACAGACAGCUGCAAUGUCCGCGCUCAGCAGAGCAGAGUUUUUCACAGACAUCAUUCUCAGCAUUGAUGAAACUGCUUUUAAAGAUAAGGGAACAUUAAGGAACAUUGUUGAAAGCAGGAGGGAUUGUUACUCCUGUGAGAAGAAGGGUUCCUGUUACAGAGUGAAAGGAACCUUUGAACAGCUGGACAAACUUGUAAGAAGAUGCCAAAGAGCGACCGAUCCUCACAGUACUGCUCCACAGGGAUGGACAGGUCAGCACAGUCAUCACGCUUCCACUCGUGUCAGAUCUGUGGAAGUGUCUCAGGUUGUUAUGGACUACAUUAAUAAAAAAUGUGAAGAAAAACUCGGAAAAAUUCUUGGAAACUGUUCACUGGUCCUUGUACCACAGUCUGACGUCACUGCACGGAUUACUUUCAGACCACAGAGCGACUCGUUCCACCAAGCUGCCUUCGUCAGGCAGCGGUUCAUCACAUUUUACCAGAGAGUUGCGUCUGACCUGCACGUCAUAUCUGUCCCUGGGAAUCUCCACGAGCACAACAAGCUGCAGAGAAAAUUCCCAACUCUCAUCUUUGAACCAAGCAACAAUAAACUAACAGUCAUGGGACCUUUCCCACACGUAGCUGAAUUUAAGGAGUUUCUUUGGAAAAAUCGUUCAACCAAGCGUCUGGUCAGCAAAACUCCAACAGACAGUCUGAGCAACAGAAUCUCAGCGUCGUCAUCGGCACACAAAGAUCUCGAUGAGGAAUCCUGCCCCAUCUGUAUGGAAACAAUAGUCGUAAAUAAGAAAAAGACACUGCGGUGCAAGCACUCGUUCUGCAGCGACUGUCUGGAGAAAGCUUUUGUAUACAAGCCCGUCUGUCCCACCUGUGGGGAGUUAUAUGGUACUCUAAAGGGGACGCAGCCUGAUGGAGGCACUAUGGAGGUCACCAGAAACGCUUCACCUUUGCCUGGUUAUGAGAAGUAUGGAACAAUAGUCAUCCGCUAUUAUAUUCCACGUGGCAUUCAGAAGGUGAGAGUGCAGACACAAGGUCAUCCAUAUGAAGGAGCAUCCCGGACAGCCUACCUCCCAGACUCCCCGGAGGGCAGGCUGGUCCUGGGCCUGCUGAGGCGAGCCUUCGAUCAGAGGCUCAUUUUCACCAUCGGACGCUCCACUACCAGUGGCAGAAACAACACAGUCACAUGGAACGAUAUCCACCACAAAACCUCAACACACGGAGGACCGACUCACUACGGAUACCCCGACCCCGAGUAUCUCAGCCGAGUUCGAGAUGAGCUGAAGGUCAAAGGAAUUGAGUAAGUUUAAGGUAACAGAUGCAGCCGUCCCAGACUGACCACUGCUCAUCACAGGCUGAAGCCACGCGAAGCGUUUCCUCUCGUCGUGCUUUCAUGAGUCGUGGUUUUUGACAAGAAGCCAGUUUAAGUUGAUUCUCCAUUAACUCCCCCCAUAAAAUAUCAGCUACAUUGUAUAAAUGCACUUUGGUAACUCUAACCAGAGGUCUUAAUGAGGAGGAUGGCUAACAUCCCCGGGGUCACUCAGUCGUGUUGUUGGACCUGCAGUGAUUACGUUGUUUCAUUCUAGUGUCGACUAACAAACAUGCAAAGUGCUGAGUGUUAUCUUUAACUGUCUGAUUUUUGUGUUGUUCUUUCAUUAUAUGUAUGUAGAUGUUUGUGAAUUUCCUUUUUUAAUUAUAAGCCACAUGAAGCUAAAUGAAGGUAAUGUUGAUUUCCUCUUCUGAGCACAGGCAGCCACAGCAUGGCUCCUCCAGGUGGUGCUGUUCUCCAGGCUGAUUGGUCAGUGAGCUGUGAUUGUAUACCUGUUCAAUCACACCUGUAACCUUGAACAGAACCUCCUCUUAAGCAGUUUAGAGUCGAUGUACGAGGUGAGAAGUGAAUCAUCAGUAAAACUAAAGUAACCUUCAGCCCAAAUCACACUUUGAGCUACAAAGAGUACGAAGUGUGUUUAACACACAGGAGGAGCAUACAGGGCUUUAUGAAUGAGUGUGAGGCGCUUUGAGUGCGCUUUAGAAGAAAUCUCCAAAAGUUGAUUCUGUUCAUCUGGACGUUUUGUGGGAGAAACGUUUCGUCAUCAUCAGGUGACGUC